AAAAUGCUUGGCUCGUUCUCUUCCUCUACUAAUUCCCAACAAGAAGAAGAUGCCGCCGUCGACCACCACCACCACCACCGCCCUUCUUCUCUCUCACCUCACCGCCGGCAUUUCCUCCAUCAGAUUCAAGUACAACCACCUCUUCUUCCUCCAUCAUCCACCUCCACAAUCACCCCUUUGCGUCAAUUACUCAUAAGCUCAGCCGAACUCAUCUCUCGCUCCGACUUCACCUCCGCCCACCGCCUCCUCGCUAUCCUAUCCUCCAAAUCAUCCCCUUUCGGAGACUCAACCGAACGCCUAACCCAUCAGUUCACAAGAGCCCUAUCUCUCAGACUCAACCGUCAACUAACCCUAACCCCGACAACCCAACCGACAACGGAUCACGAUUUAUCACUACUUCAAUCCUCGUACCUAACCUUAAACCAGAUCACACCCUUUAUCCGUUUCACUCAUCUUACUGCUAACCAAGCCAUUCUCGAAGCCGUUGAUGGUUGCUCAGCCGUACACGUCAUCGAUUUCGACAUCAUGCACGGUGUUCAGUGGCCCCCACUCAUGCAAGCCCUAGCUGAACGAUUCCCUACUCCGACUCUUCGUAUAACCGGUUCCGGUUCAGAUCCCGAUAUGCUUCGACGAACCGGGGAUCGGCUAGCUAAGUUUGCACUUACCCUAGGUCUUAAAUUUCAGUUUCAUGAACUUGUCAUACUCUCACACGAAGACCCUGCUUCUGCCACGUCAUCCAUCCUUCUUCUCCCAAAUGAAAUCCUAGCCGUUAACUGUGUACUUUACUUGCAUAAGCUUUUAACCGAUCCGGAAAGGGCCAGGCUGUUUCUCCGCCGUCUCCGGGCAAUGGAUCCUGCCGUGGUUACCGUUGCUGAGAGAGAAGCCAACAACAACGACCCCGUUUUCCUCAGGCGAUUUGCAGCCGCAUUGGAUAACUAUGCAGCCAUUUUCGACUCAUUGGAGGCGACUCUGCCGCCGAGCAGCGGCGAGAGGCUGAUGGUGGAAAGAGUAUGGUUCGGGAGGGAGAUCGGAGAUGUGGUGGCGGGGGAAGGAAAUGGACGGUUAGAAAGGCACGAGAGGUUCCUAUGGUGGGAGAUGAUGAUGAGGGGUGCCGGUUUUGGACUUGUUCCAUUGAGUACAUUCGCACUUUCACAAUCUAGGUUACUUCUAAGGCUUCAUUACCCUUCUGAGGGUUAUCAGAUCUGUGUCGUGAAUGAAUCUUUCUUCUUGGGUUGGAAGAAUCAGCUUCUAUUUUCUGUUUCAUCUUGGCAUUAA